GGUCAAUUCACAAAGAUAAACGUUAUCGCUUUCACCUAGUAGAUAAAUUACCGCCCCUUAUCUAACGCUAGUAACCAUGGUAUUCACGAAAGCUUCAAUCGUUAUUUAAUGUAGUCGUUAUCGUUGUCAACUGACUCGUUAUCCAAUCGUUAUGGUUACGUUUCUAACGUAAAUCUCAUUUAGAAGAACGGUAUUCUAACGAAUCAAUCGUUAAUUUAAUGUCCCAAAGCGUAAUAAUAACGUCUACGCUCGUUAAUUAACGCCGGAGAGAUGCAUUCUGGGAGCAGAAGAGGAGGAGAAUAGUUCAUCCUAACCACGUGUUUCCUCUGUAAUUGCGUCCUUUGACCCGGAUCUGGAAAAGUCAAUAAAAGAAAACACAACUGGAGCUCGAGCGCGUGGUGUGGGUGGAAAAAACAGCAGCAGCAGCAGCAGAAAACAUGAGGCCGAGUCUAAGAUCGCUGUUUGAGCAAAUUGUUAAUUCGCCCAUCGAACAGUCAGAAGAACAUUCAAGCUCCAAUGAGGAAAAUGACAAUAAUGGAUCUGUCAAGUCAGUGGGUCAUGUACCCGGAAAUCUAGCUGCUAUGGUGCGCACCCAAAAAAAAAAUAUGACGGUAGAUACUAAAGAUAAAUCACAGACAUCAUCGAAGCAUAAGAAACCUGAUUCCAAGGCACAGACCACUCCUCCUGGGAAUAUUAACUCACUUAAAAAACGAAAUAAAAGAAAAAAUUCAGAAAAGGAACGCAAAAAGGAGACACCGUCACCCAAGGAUGUGGGUCCAUCCAAAUUUACGGAAACAUUUGGGGAAUGUAUUAAGAUCAAAACUGCGUCUGUUACCUCACAAAAAUCAACAUCAGAAUCACAACAAAGACACAAAUCAACAAAAUCGACGCAUGAAGAUUACAAGCAAUCCAAAACAUACCCAAAAGCUAAGCACCAAAAGCAGCAGCCUGAGUUUGGUAAGAGCAAUUUCCACCAUCAAGACAAAUCUGAAUGUAGAGUUAGUAAAGCAAGCAAGUCCCAUCCAGAACCUAGACAACCCAUGGAAUCAUCUCAGCAAUCACUAUUCUCUACUGAAGUGCCAAAAAAGAUCUCCAAGCCAGCAAGGUCAGAUGUCAUCAUGUCAUCUAAUCCUGCCUCGCCAGUGUUAAUAGACGGAGAUGAAUUUUCGACAGAGAGUGAAUCUGAGAAUCCAGCAGUUCGUCCAGGCAAAAAAAUCCUUAAGGAAAAAAAGCGAAUCCGAAAUCGAAAAUUCACAUUCCAUGAAAACCUAGUCUUAAUUGAGAACCUUGUUCCACAUUUUCACAAGCUCCUUGGAAACAGAGCAGCUGCUACGGAGUCAGCAUGGAAAAACACAAUCUGGAAGCAAAUUGCAGAUGCAGUUACGAGUGUGGGUGUCUCUCCACGAUCAGCAGAUAACGUACGUAAGCGGUACCAGGACAUUCGGCUUCUACUAAGGCGCAAGAUUUCGGAUGAAAACAAGAGCAGAAAAGCAACAGGGGGUGGCCCUGAGAAGAAAAUAGUUUACCACCAGUAUGAAGAGUUACUGCGUCCAUACAUAGAUCUAGAUUCCAUUGUUGGCAUCAAGGCUGGUUUUGAUACCUCGAGGCACCAUGAAAACGAGCAACAUAAUGCAGCUCAACACACCUAUCGCCAGCAGAAGCUCUCCUUUAUGGCCAAACUAACUGAACUCUUAGAAGCACAUCUGCCAUCUCCUGGUGAGCAAUCUCAUAAUGCUCGGAAUCUAACCAGCAGCAACCACAGCAGUUUUGUUUGUGAAAGUAUUAUCGAAAAUGAUGCUAUUGAUAAUUUUACUAUUCAGGAUAUUUAAAUGUUAUAAGAAGUACAAUUUUUUUUUUUUAAUACAUUUCACAUAAUUCACAACUGAGUUUGAAUUUAAAGAGCUUGCAAACAUUUGUUCUUUAAAUUUUUACUCAGCACGCAACAUUGUUAAGUCAUAUAUUGCCCAAAGUUGACUGCUAUAUAGAUGCUUUUUCCAGUUAAAUAUGUCAUUUGACCAUGUCGUUGCAGAUCUGUACCAAAUAUGUGUAAUCAACAUGACGUUUGUAUUUGAGUUUUAGAUGUUUCAAUGGCCAUCAUUGAUCAAGCUGGUUGGAUGACCAAUGAAACGUCUUUAGACAGUUAUGUAGCUUUGAUUUUAUUUUCAAUAGAUAUACAAUUAAUGUUAUAUGGGAUUUUUGCUAUGACAUUACAGCCUCUGAAAACAUUUCAAAAAAGGUUGAGAAUUAUGUGAAAUCUAUUUUUAUCUAUCAAGCAUGUUCUAGUAUUCAUUACUGUUAUCAUUACGGUUUUCAUAAUUGUUUGUAUAUACACGUUGAAAUGCAAGUGCAACAAUAUUGUCAAAUAUUUGUUUUAACAUGUAUAUUUUUUUUUCAAAAACAGAACCAUUUUUUUGUUGUAAGGCAAAAAAAGUGGUAGGAUUGUUGAAAAGUAGAAGUGAACUAUCAAUAGUAAUAGAGUUGAAGUUACAGAGUAGAGAUAUAAUUCAUCAGCACUACAUAAAAUCAUCAAUCAUAUUCGUUUAAUAGGAGAAUACAUCACAUAACAUCACGUCUACGCAUUUGAAACAGACACCCUUUGUCACAGCAGAAAAUGUGACAGGUUUGUCAUGCUUUUCUUCCGUCAGGAAGGCACACUAUUGGAUCUAAAUUUUUUUUUUUAUAUUUUAUCCACGUGGAUGUAAAUUAUUGAUAUUUUCACUCAAGUGCUUGGUUUUUUAUCUGUACUCUGUGACUAAAAUGCGCCAUCCAUUGUUGUUGUCACAGCAAGGACCAUGUUUCUCUGUGUGGUUUUCGCCGGUAGUUUGAUUCAUACUAAAAAAACAAACAUCCAAAUGGUUGCAUACUCCAUCUUGCCCAACCAUAUAUUUUUGAUGUUGUGUUGGCUGUAAUUUGACUUCUGUAACUUUUGAAACCACAUGUUAUUGGUAUGGAAUGUAAGUAUCAUUUCCUGACUAAUGAGGUUAAAAAUGUUUCUGCAAUUUGUAGACAACCGCUAUUCCAUCUUUCAAAUGCCCUGCGUGGAAUAGUUAACAUUUGAACUAACGUGCAUUGUUUCUCAGUAAUGAAAUGAGUAAUGGUAACUGCGGUGUGGGGUGGAGAGGAGAAAUUAAAAUAUAUGUAACAUUUGGGGUAAUGGUAGAUGACUAUAGGCAACCAAAGGUAGAGUUAAGUGACCAGUGAUGAAGGUGAUGAUAUACAAAACAAUAAAUAACACCAAAAAUAUAAUAUUAUGAUUCAAUUAUUGUGUUAUUUAAUGGUUUGCAUAUCAACGGCUUCUUUACAGGUCACUUACUCUCUUUACCUUAGGUUGGCUAUAGCCAUCUGCCAUUACGUCAAUUGGUGGUAUUUAUUUUAGUUUUAUUUCAUUUCUCCCCUCUCCCACACAACGCAGUUAACAGCACUCAUUUCAUUCACCAUCUUUCUGGCAAGGACAUGGUUUCAGGCAACUGCAGCAUUUCAACUGUCUUUGGCACACAGUUCUGUCUUCUAUUUUAUUGCUUCUCACUAAUGUCAAAAAAAUGUUGGUACUUAUUAGCAGAUAAACAGAAUUUUUGCGUGUAUAACCCACACUUACAUUUGUUGCAAUAAAGAAUUCAAACACAAUUUAGAUUUUGUAAAAGACUUUUAAGUGAAACUUUUAUUUUACAUGUUUGAAACUGUUAUUGUUCAAUGUUGUAAAAAAUAAAUGCAAAAGAAGUACAACAAAGUGAAAAUACAAAAACAAAAUAAAGACUCAUUUUUUUGCAA